AUGACUCGAAAAGUGCUAUCUAUCCAAUCCCACGUUGUACACGGCUACGUUGGCAAUAAAGCUGCCACAUUUCCUCUGCAAUACCGUGGAUGGGACGUGGACGCCUUGAAUACGGUACAGUUUUCCAAUCACCCUGGUUAUGGUCAAUUUCAUGGGUUUCGGUCUAAAGCAGAAGACUUGAAAAGUAUUGUCAAAAACGGGCUGGUAGAGGGCCUUGGUCUCCAAUACGAUGCUUUGUUGACAGGAUACUUGCCAGAUCCUGAAGCUUUGAGGCAAAUGGGUAGCUUGUUGUCCGAGAUGUGUGAAUCCAACCCUAAUAUUAAAUGGAUCCUUGAUCCUGUUUUGGGUGACAACGGUAAACUUUAUGUCUCUCAGGAGUCUAUUCCCGCAUAUAAAGAAAUCUUGAAGCGCGGUGCUGUCUUUCUUGCGACUCCCAACCAAUUUGAAAUCGAAACUUUAACCGGCGUUCAGAUCAGUGAUCUUAACACUUUAAAAACGGCUGUGUGCAGAUUUCAUGAGCUAUAUCCCAAGAUUGAAUAUGUGGUUGUCACAAGCGUGGAUCCUGAGCCCUCCAUAUCUGAUUUUAUGCUCUGUGUGUGCAGUGACAGAUCGUCCAAGUCCGCACAAUAUUUCAAGAUACCGAAAAUUGAUGUGCAGUUUAGCGGAAGUGGUGAUCUGUUUAGUGCACUACUUUUGGACACAUUUCUUAGCCAGUCAGCUGAGACCAGAGAUCUUGCACGAGCGGUAAAUGAGGUAGUUUCUUUGGUAGACACGAUAUUGUUGAAGACGCUUCAAAUACACACGGUACAAAACGCCCAGGACAAGUCGAAGAGAAUUAAUGACCUGAAAAUCAUAGAAUGUCGUGAUCUAUUAGGGGUUAAAGUAGAUGUCAAAUACUCGGCGUUUGAGCUAUAG